AUGUCUGUAGACGUUGCCAUGAUGAAAGCGGGACACCCUAACAAGUGUGUCCCUGAAACCUCCUAUGAAUCUGAAGUUGCUCCUAAACUUGAAGAAAUUUAUUCCUCCCUUGGGAUUUCGGCCGAUGCCCUUGCACAGGCAUCUUUCGACCCAGAAAAGCAUCUUCGUUACUACAAUGAUGAAAUGGAAAAGCACCGAUACCAUAACACUCGUACCUUGACUAUGGAAGAAUUAGGACUCACCAAUAAAAAGCAAAUUUCCUCUAUUGGUGUAUCUGACCCUUUCCCAUUAUUUACUGAUGAAGCAAUUGCCAUCAUGAAGGCUGAAAUCUUACAAAAGGAUAUCUUUAUGAAAUAUGCUCGUAGAAACCAUUCAUCUACUUCUGGUAUGGAUUGUAUCAUCAGAGGUUACGUCAAGACUGGUGAAGAAAUCCAUACCCCAUUUGUCCAUCUGGCAUGGACCCAUCCUAAAACAUUGGAAUUAAUUAGUCACAUUGCCGGGGUCGAACUCGAGGUCGUUAUGGAUUACGAGAUUGCCCAUGUUAAUAUGGCUAUGGAAGAUAAGUCUGCCGUUGAUGGUGAUAAGUCUAUCAGAGAAGCACAGGCUCGUGCUCGUCAAGGAUUAUCUGAUGGGUCAGAUAUUCCUGCAAUCGUUGGCUGGCACAACGAUUCUUACCCAUUUGUGUGUGUUUUAAUGUUGUCUGACACGACAGACAUGAUUGGAGGCGAGACCUCUUUACGUAUGGGCGGUGCAGAUGAUGGUACACCCAAGAAGGUGUGUAGUGUUCCAGGACCUCAAUUAGGAUUUGCAUCUGUACUUCAAGGUAGACUUAUCGAACAUAUUGCACCAAAACCAGUCGGUGUCACUGAAAGAAUCACAAUGGUGACUUCUUACCGUGCCAAGGAUCCUCUCAAACAUGAAGGAUCAGUGUUGGCCACCGUUAAGCCUGAAAUCAAUUCUGGUACCAGAUACAAUGACUUCUACCCUGAAUGGAUCAAUUAUAGAUUAGACAUCCUUGAAAAGAGAUUUGCUCAUUUGAGAGCCACCAUGUCAGACUCAGAUGGUAACUUCAACAAAGAGCUGAGUAUGGACUACCUCAAGCAACUUGAUUCGUAUUUGAAGGAUACUUAUGAAUAUAUGGAGGUGUCUGACCGUGACAUCAAGAAAUUGAAGAAGAUUCAAGGGAUUGUUGAAUAG